UCAAAUAUGGCGACCGAGUUAGUUCUUUGGGCUGUUUCGAUAUUUCUUGGACUACUAUACGCUGCAAAUGGAGAUAAGGUCGCACAGAAAAUUUACGAGCCAAUAUCUGGGGUGAAUCCUUGUGUGCUGCUGACAAAUGCAACACAUCAAAUUGGGUGCACUUCUAGUAUGAGUGGGCAUGUUGGAAUCCUUCACUAUAUCAAAAGCAAAGCUGAUGUUGAUUGGAUAAUACAAAAUGGAAGCCAUGCACCAUAUGUUCCAUUGUUCAGAUCUGACUUGUUUACACUUGAAAUGGUUGAUCGUCUCAUACAAAAGAAAAAAAUAAAUGGGGCUCUUGUCAUAGCUGUUCCAUCAGGGAAAUACAGAUAUACUCCUCAAACAGGUAUUUAUUCCCCUGACUAUGAAUGUCCCAAAGAUAAUUUUGGAAUCUACAGUGAAAGUACAAAAUACAAAAACUGUAAGGCAGUGAAAUGGAACCCACAUGGAACCAGAAUGUCAUUCAAGUACUUUGAUAUCCCCAUGUUUGCUUUGAAUGACGAGGCUGAAGUGGAUUAUUUACUCAAGUGUUAUAAGAAGCACAAUAAACAGGAACACCCUGAUUACCCUUUGUGUGCUGUAGAGCUGAAGGAUUUCAUGUAUGCUGCCAAAGACACUCCAACCUGUGUGAGGAAAAGUAAUAUACCAAACCCUAUUGGGGCCAACUUUUGUCUUCCUCUUGGAGACAUGAAUGUUUGGGGUACUCUUUAUCCAAUAAAGAAGGGAAAAAAAGUGGUGAUGCUAGCUACUAAGUUGGAUUCCAAUUCAUUCUUUCAUGAUCUGGUCCCUGGAGUAGAUAAUGAUGGCUCCGGAAUAGUGGUUGCAUUGGCUGCAGCAAAGGCACUCGGAGCUUUGAAAAGAAAUGGUUCCUUACCAGAAACCAAGUACCACAUAAUGUUUACAUUUUUCCAAGGGGAAGCGUGGGAUUAUAUAGGAUCUUCAAGAAUGGUGUAUGACAUGGAUAAAAAUGAGUUCCCUCCAGAUCCUUGGAAGGUUGAUGGGGAAAAGCUUACUUUGAAUACUGGGGAUAUCAAAUAUUUCUUGGAGCUCAAUCAACUAGGACUCUCAAAUGGCAAGUUGUGGGCACAUUCUGAUCCACUUUCCACUAAACACAAUGAAACCAAUAAAAAGGUUAGCAAGAUUGUGGAAGCUCUUAAAAGUGCAGGGGAAAAACAUGACUUGGAGAUCGGGGAACCUAUAGACAAACCGCUGCCUCCGUCAUCUUUCCAGAUGUUCUUAAAAAAGAACAGCUCAAUACCUGGGAUUGUGUUAACAGACCAUGAGGGGAGUUAUUCCAACAAGUUCUACAACAGUCAUUUUGACGAUCUUUACCAAGUUGGAGGGAAUGUAUCCAAGGAUAAUGAUACAGUUUACCUCAUCACAGAAUUCACAAAGAAACUUUCCAACAUCUCAUCGGCUGUAGCCACGGCUCUGUACACUCUUGCCAAUGAUGGAACUGCUCCAGACUUUGACAUCAAAGCUGAUGAAGCCCUGGUUGGUCAUCUUAUUUUCUGUCUUUUCAACCGUUCCGAUUGUCCCCUUUACAGAGAGGUUACUGACAGCAACAAGACUUGGACAAAAUUUCAAAAAACCUCAGCCAGUUUAAAACCGUUUCCGCGUUAUGUGAGUGUGAACACCUCAACCAACGCUCUGACAAUAACUGUGGAACAUCUCCUCUUGUACUUUACUGGUUAUCAUUUCCCUCUGGGCAAAGAUAAAGACUGCAAGACAUCUGAUGGCGUUGUAGCAGUCAAGGUCCUUGGCCAGAAACUGCAAGGUGUUUGUGUUACUGGUUCUGUGUUCCUGUCACCAGCAUUGUCUCCUGCAUUUGUUCUUGAAAAAUACGAUUCUAUUGAAUAUUCUACAUGGGCUGAGAGCACAUGGAAUAAUGAUCUUUCAGUUCAAGUCUUUCUUGUCGCAAGUCCCACACUAGAGGGUGUGACACUGGGCGCUGGCCUCACCAUCACACUUCUUUCUUUCGCACUUGUAUAUUUCAUCAACAAAAAGGCUGACGUCAUCUUCACUCCGGCAGAUCCCCUUAGCUCUGAUCUCAACGAUUAAAAGCUUUUUUCCAAGUCCAGCAAAGAUCAGUUAAGAAAUUCUCACCACCACAGCAUAAUAAAUUCAACUGACAGGUGGUGAGAAGUAGAGUCUUGGUCAAAAAUUCAAUUUCUCCCGUAUGAAGAGUACUCGGCUUUAAAACAGCAGAGUGAAUCUGAAGUUGAUCAUGAGUUUUACAGAGGUCAGCAAGAAUGUUGUCACGGCAAUUUUCAACAGACCUCGUUAGUGAGGAGUGUCUCGAGAGAAAUUAAUAGAAAACUAGGCUUUCCUUGCUUAAGGAGUCGGAAGACACGAGUCGUCUAAUCCUUGCAGCUGUGAUGAUGAGCCGAUGACUUCCGAGGACAUGUGGAGCCCUCAGUGAUGUGUCAACGAGAAUAGAAGUUUCUCUUUGUGAAACUGAGAAUCAUGUUAAUGAAGAGAGACGAUUAGCUUUCCCUUUCUCUCUCUCUCUUUCUUUUUUUAUUUCCUUAGAAUAGAUAGAAUAUGAUGUUUUGACCAGGCAAGAUUAAUCUAUAGAAAUCGAUAUUUCAGAUAUAUUUGAAAAAUGGUUGAAAUUCUGAAGAAGUCUUAUGUCUAAAAAUUUGAUAUACUCAUGACACCUAUUUUUCUAAAAAAUGCUAUUGAUUUUUCGAAGCCUGAAAUCCUUUUUAUUUUUGCCCCAGAAAAAAGCGUCGGUGAAAGCCGGUUUCUUUCGUUGCUGUGAGAAGAAAUGUUUUCCAAAAUCUUCCACCAAUUUUUUUUAGAUCGUUUUAGAGAAUUUUAAUUUAUAACUUGGGAAUGGAAGGGAUACGCAAUAUGUUAUCUGCUUUCGAGACUUUUCUUUUUUGUCUUUGGAGGUAUUGAGGAUCUUAAUUAUUUGUGAUUAUUUGUUAUUUAUAGGGAAGUUUCAACUUCUCAUACAAUUGUAAAUACCUACCUAGCUUGCUUUCCUCUUCGUAACAAAACAUAUUUUUGUGAUGGUUUUUUUUGAUGGGGAAAUUUAACUGAAAAUCCUGCAAACGGUCACCUUGGUUUCCAGUACUGUUUGUAUGAUUUACUUUAAGGUACAGUUUGUUGUAACUGUUCAAAUCUAAUUAGACCAGUUAAUGAUUGGACAAGCUGUUUAAAACUGUAAAAUGUUCCUGAAAAAGUAAGUUAAUUACAUCAGCUUUAAUUGUACCUUGCUCAAGAAUUUUUUUUAAAUUAAAUUCACCUCUUCAAACCGA